CGAACGCAGACUCUAACCACUACUCACUUCCAAUUUGAGAGUACUCGAGAGUACAAUCGAAGGGGAAAAGAUGAGAACUACUGUAGCUUUUCUUCUUACCCUGCUCGCUACAAUGACAGCAGCUAUCCCCACCGCCACCGAGCGACUGGAUAUAUGCGCCAGCAUAGAGCUGACUUGCAAUGCAGAGCAAGUCAAAUGUGAAGACCACUUUGCGUAUGAGGGAGUCGACGCCUGUCCCGAGGAUCCGUGGCGCAGUUGUCUGUGUGAUCAUGUUGCUGAGCACUGCAUGAGCAGAGCGGGGUGUCUAUAGAUCCGGGGUGAUCAGAUUGAGGACGACCACACUACGUUGGGAGCAUUAUCUUGGAUAUAAAAGACAGGCAAGAGUUGAGCAAGUCUUGCUUCACUCUACUCGCUCUCAUAACCACCCAUAUCAAACUCCGCAGCGUAAUUAUAUCCCGCAGAUGUAACCGAAAGUUCGGUCCACCUUUUUCCUCGCUUUCUUCGGAACCGAUACGUCGGGACUGGGUGUGUUUGGCGCUUCUUCGAUUUCUUGCGGUGG